UCGAGCAGCAGACUGUGGCGGCGGAUCAGCGGGGCGGUGCGCAGAGCUCGACAAGGCAACACUGUAUUUCACCCACCUCCCCCUCUGCCAGAUACAGAGAAACGACCGAGAGGAGGGAAAAAAAGGGGGGUUUACGCAUCCCGUUCAUUUCCAAGAGUUCUACCAACUUCGCCGGGCCGGUGUGCUGAUCUCCUCGGCCGGCCGUUCGCUGCGGACCAGGAGAACCGUAAAAGUUGAGGAACUAAGACAGGCUCGGCGCCUUGCAGGUGAUCUGUUGCGGUGCUGUGUGCAGAGAGGCGACACCCUCCCCCCCCUCCUUCCCCCCAUCCUCCCCGAAGGAACCCCGCAAGUGUUGGAAACUUCCCCCAGCGCAGCAUCGAUCGCGGACCUCCCGCCCACUUCUCCUCUGCUCCACAACGCUGGGAAGGAGGGAGCGAGUCCUGCAGCCGCUGCGGUGGAUGGAGGGAGCGACCACGGCUAAACGGUUCCUCUAGAAGCGCUGCUGCUUUGAUACAAACCGCAACUCUCCUUCGCCCAUCGCCUGCUGUAUCUCUAAAACUACUAUUAAAACAAUUACAUAAACUGCAAAGCCGUAGCCGCUUGGAUCUCAUUGUUUCGGGGGGGGAAAAACCAGGUUGUACUUCGUGCAAACUCCGGCAGCCGAAAGGAAUCGACGUAGAAAUUGAUGCUCUGGCACAGAGACGCGCAACUCUAGACCCUCUAGUUUUGCGAAAAGUCUCCUACUGCGCAGCGAGGGAGAAGCGAGGGAUUUCCGAAGUGGGAUUUUGCAGAAGUUGCAUGCUCGGUCUUUGUCGUCUCGAGUGAGCGCCCCCCCCCCCUACAAUCCUCCCGUCCAUCCACUCUCAGGUUGUCAGACCAGAUCCGGAUAGUUUGAGGAGGCGCCAUGGCGAUGUGUGCGGGGAUAUGGAUACUGCUCGCAGCGCUGCACGUCCAAGCUGGCGACGGCCAGAUGGUGCAGAUGGACUCCAGCAAGUCCGGCUUCGUGGGCUCACAAGUGGAGCUGCGCUGCAUCUUCAUCAACAGCAACCCGCCGGUUAAGAUCUCCCAAGUCACCUGGCAGAAGGUCCUCAACGGCACCAAGCAGAACGUGGCCAUAGCCAACCCGGCCCUCGGCGUGUCUGUCCUGUCGCCCUUCAAGGAGCGCGUGAGCUUCAAGCAGGCAGCUGUCCGCCACCGCACGCCCUCGCUGGAGGACACCACCAUCGUGUUCUCCAGCCUGCAGCUGUCCGACGACGCCGCCUACAUCUGCGAGUACACCACGUUUCCCGCGGGGAACCGCGAGAACACGGUCAACCUCACUGUUUUCGCCCGACCUAUGACACGUAUGACCUUGACAACGCCUACGAUAGUGGCCAGAGCCUCCAAGCGCAAGAUGACCGUUGCCACUUGCGUGUCGGCCAACGGGAAGCCCCAGAGCGUGAUCAAAUGGGAGACCAGGUUGAAGGGCGAAGCCACCCUCCAGGAGACGCGCAACCAGAACGGGACGGUGACGGUACGGAGCAACUACGUGGUGGUGCCGAGCCGCGAGACCCACAAGCAGAAGCUCACGUGCAUCGUCACGUACCGGAGUGAAAGGAUCACAGACAGCGUGGUGCUCAACGUGCAGUACGAACCUGAGGUGAAGAUUGAGGGCUUUGAUAAAAACUGGUACCUGAACCGUCAGAAUGUUCAGCUGACCUGCAGAGCCGAUGCCAACCCCCCUGUCACCAUCUACCAGUGGAAACUGUUGAACGGCUCCCUGCCCAGCAACGUGGAGAUCAAAAACAACACCCUGUUCUUCAAGGGGCCGGUGACCUACGACCUGGCCGGCACCUACGUCUGCGACGCGACCAACGGCAUCGGGACUCGCACCGGCAUCGUGGACGUCAACAUCACAGAAUUCCCUAACAACCUGAGCACCCCGGGCUAUGAGAUCCCGUUGGAGCAGCACAAUGCAGGUGUCGCCAUCGGGGUCGCAGUGGGGGGAGUGGCCCUGUUAGGCGUGGCGGCCGUACUGCUCUUCGUAUUCCUGCGCCGCCGGCAGCGCACCUUCAAGGGGGACUACAGCACCAAGAAACACGUGUUCGGUAACGGGUAUAGCAAGGCCGGCGGCCUGCCCGCGCACCCGCCCAUCCCCAAGAACCUCCAGUACCCCGACGACUCGGACGACGAGAAGAAGCCGACCCAAAUCGGCGGCCCCGGGGGGUUCGAGGCGAGCGAGUGCAAUUUUGACGGAGAGCAAGAGGACCUGAAGAGGCCCUAUUUCACUGUGGACGAGGCGGAGAGCCGAGAUUAUGACGAGCGGACUCUGGCUUUCCAGUAUGACCCUCAGGCCGAGAUAGCCGACGACAUGAUCUCUCAGACCGACGGCUCUGUCAUUUCUAAGAAAGAGUGGUACGUGUAGUGGCAUGCAGCAACCAAACCAAACCCUCCUCACCCCUUCCCUCACCCUCCCCCCCUCACCACCCUCCCCCACCAACAAACCCCACCCCACCUGCAUUCCACUGCACUGUUCACUUCUGUCAUUAUUUCCCGCCCUACCAUUCGUCAGACUGCACCCUCCACAGUCCCGUUCCUCUUAUGGUCUAUCUAGGUACCCCCCUACCACUAGCCCCCAACUCCACCCCCCCCCCCCACCAACAACAUCAUCCAACUAAUCUCAAUUAGAAAAAUUCGAGCGCCUAGUGCUAGUGACAUGUGCUCCUCAACAUGACAGCAUUGGUGUCAGUUCCAUGAGGUGAAUGAGCAAAGAGUACGAACCAAGGUAUGUAAGUGACUGUGGUCCAUCAGUACUGGUGUAAUAUUCAUUUUGUGUAUUUCCUCAUGAUAUAAAUGUAUUAAAUGUGUGAAAAGAGACUACAGGUUGAGGUUUUUGCUGAGCACACUUGUGAAGGUCCUACACUGGAUUUGCGACCUUUUUUUUUUUUUUUUUCAUUGCCGUUUUUGGUUUUUUUAUAAUAUCUUUUUGUAUUAUUUUUAAGUGACCAGAGAAUUGAGAGUUAAAUGUUUGACAUGAUUACAGGUGGAGUUGUAAGUGUUUGUAAUUUUGUGGUCAGAUGUUUCAGAGAAAAAAAAAAAAAAAAAAAAAGCCCCACAGCACCUGUACCAUUUCUGCCGUUCCGCACUGGGGAUCGCGUCAAUGAAAAGACUCAUUUUUUGUAUUUUCACUGCAUUACGAGCAGAUGUGUUAUUGCUGUUUCCCCAAAACACGCUUAGUCCUUCUUGAUCUCCCUCCCUGGUUUUAUUUGUUUCCUAAGAACAAGUUGGCCUACUGUGUGUUUUCACACUACCCCCAAAUUUCAAUUAAGUUUAAUUAGUUUCCAAAUCAGUAAAUCAGAAUAAGGGGGGAAGAGGAGGGCUGAACCACUUUCUUUCCGUAGUGCAUCACAGCAUCAAGUUUUGGUGAGUCUGUUUCAAUUACGCCCUGAAAUGUCAUGAUUUUCAAUUGACUUGAACAGAUUGACCUUUGCUCACGAGCUCUACAUCUUACCCCUAUAAUGAAAUGUCCGUUUCUCUCUGUGCUGAGGUGUCAUAUUAAUGUUUGGUUCUGACCCUCCUUUUAUCAAAUGGAUGUCGCAGAAAAGUGUCUGUGGAAUUUCCCAAUAAUGACUUUUAUCUCUCCUUAUAAUUGUGUGACUCUGCUGGAGAUCUUGUUCACACAGACACACACACACACACAUACACACACUUUUACCCACAACACCCCUCCACGCUUACACCAACAGCAUUUCUGUGAGGAGUCGUCCAUGGAUCUCAAGGACACGGAUGUGAGGGAAAUGUCGACAGAUGCCAUGGAAGAAACAUUUUAACAUGUAAAGGGAAUUACCAACAAGAAGGUGUCCAAUAUGUCACCUGCUGCUUUGAUUAGUUUGUCCAUCUGUUAUUAAUUCAUUUUAGUUUUCAUCUGAAUUUAGGUCUGUCAGAAGUCAGAAAUGUCCAUUACACAAUAUUCACCGAAAGGCUUUUGCUUCAAGCUAAAAAAGGGACAAAUUAAAUGUGAAACAUCAGAUAAAACAGCAUUUGAGUAAUGUCCUGGAUAUAAAUGCUAUGAAUACUAUAUCAAGCUUAUGCAUUAUUUUAUGCAUGCUUUUUAUUUGUGUUGGCGAUGCGUACGUCACGUUUCUUUCUGUAUCGAUUUCCGUGCGUUUGUCUUCAUUUGCAAUUCUAAAAAUGACUCAGUAUUGUCAGUAUUGACUGAGGUAUGAGUCCAUGGAUAAGUAGUAAAAAAAAACAUAUAUAUACACAUAUGUAUUUGAAAAAAUAACACCUCUCUUUGAGCAGAUCUCUCCAUCAACUUGAGAUUUAAAUAUCUUAAAAUCUGUGUUUGUCUACUGUAUCUUUUUAGAUGAGCAUGUUAAUCACAAGCCUCAAUUUAAAAAUUGUACUUCCAAAAGAAAUUGACAUCUCAAAAGUGGGAAAUAUCCCAUUCUGAUUAAAAUGAGUCUGCUGAUUUCUGUUUUGUUCAGUUAAAUUUUCUACCGCCAUUUUCGUGUCUUUUGUGGUUCAGUGUAAUUUUCAAAAGAAAAAGUCAACCACAGUUGCAAGAUCUAUUUUUUUUAAAUCACAAUUUCAUUGCCUUUUAGUUUAUUGAUCGCCUCUUGGUUAUCUGAUUUGCUGUAACAUUUUAAUUCCACGUAGUUUACAUGUUGCAGCAUAAUAGAGACAAACGAUUUUAUCUUAUCUUCUUGUAUUCAGUGCCUAUAUAAGUCCGAAGUCGCAACAGUUGCUGCUCCAACAAGUUAUCCAUGCCGUAGAAUGUCGUCAUAGACGAAUAUUGAGAUAUGACGCGUACUGCUAAAUUGAGAUCAAACCUUCACCACUUUCUCGCACAGCGCUGACCUUUCUAAGCACAACAAUUAUAAUUAUAAUAAUGGAGUAAAAGGAGAUUUCAUUGAAAUGUUUUCAAAAAGUGCCGCAAAGAAAAGCUCAACUUGACCCCCUUUGAAAAGCACAAGUAUAAAGGUUUCAUUGUACACUUUUCCUGCAUCCAUUAGGAAACCACUGGCACGCUUGUACGUGUUGGAGGAAUUAAAACCUUUUCACAUCAAGGUUGUCGUUGUGUAUACUGGUAGAUGUGAACAUUGUCUUCAUGUUGUCGGGGUGUUAUGAGUUCCUAUUUUGUAAUAUUGACUGUAACUCCAUUCCAUCCUAAUCUACUUUUUGUAUCCAGUAUGUUCAACAUUCCACUGUAAAUACUGUACAUACGGUUGAGAUAAUAGUUGGGAUUUAUUUAGGGACAACUGUGUAGGGACCCUGUUUAUGUAAAAUAUACCUAUUUUGACUGCAAGCCUAGAGAAUCGAUGAUGGAUAGAAGAAGCCGAUAGCUUAUUUCCAAAGUCCCACCUAGAAAUGCUCCUCCGGUACGUUUUUUGAUAUGCCACUAGCGGCUUUGCUGUCAUACAAAAGGGGUGACGUAUACAGUAUGUCCAUUUAAUGUUAUUGAGAGAAAAUCUAAAAGAGAGAAAUUGUCUGUAUGCUGCCAUGUGAAUGUAUAUUUCUGAGGGUGUUACAAAUAUAAAAAAAAAUCUCCUGUUUAAUUGUGAUGACCCAGUGAAGUAACUUGUAUUUGUUUUAAGCAUUAAAUAAGUUCAAUAGUCAACAAUA